AUGAUCAUAUCGCUUUACCACUCCACCACCACCACCACCACUACACUCUUAAGACUAGACACACAAGCUUGCUCGUUUCAACUCCUCCUCCUCCUCCUCCUUGCUCUACUUAGAUGCGCCUGCUUGUCUUCCACACUUGGUUGCUGUAAUCAAUUGCCACACUCUGCUGCAUCACCGCAUUGCACUGCAGCACACCACAGCACAGUCACGACAAGUAAGCAGUUGCUUCACUUGUAUCUUGUCCUCUGCAGUCUUCAGCUAGGGAAGGAAGGGAAGGAGAGGAAAGCCAUGUCGGAGGAAGCAGCAGCAAGGGAUCGGGCAACAAUGGAGGGAAGGGUGAGGAGGCCCCGUGCCAGCCGAAGCACAGCUGAGACAGGAACGGCGACGGUGGUGUACUACCUGUGCCGCAACGGCCGCCACCUGGAGCACCCGCACUUGAUGGAGCUGCCCCUCGCCUCACCAAACCACGUCCUCUACCUCCGAGAUGUGACACACCGGCUGGACGCGCUGAGAGGGAAGGGUAUGGCUGCCAUGUAUUCCUGGUCCUGCAAAAGGAGGUACAAGACCGGAUUCGUGUGGCAUGAUGUGUCAGGGGAUGAUAUACUGCUCCCAGCGCAGGGCAGUGAAUAUGUCCUCAAGGGCUCCCUCUUGCUCCUCCGCCACUCGCCACCAUCUGCAGAUCAUGACCAGCACAAUGUCGACGCAACCAUUAUUCCGAAGGUCCAGUGCGUCAAGCCAACUCCUGAAGAAGAGUCUCCAGCUCGUUCCAGGGGAUCACAGGAAGCAGGAUGGACUACUAAUUCAUCGUCAUCAUCUCCUCCCAUGGUUGAGGUUGAGGCUCCACCACCUCUGCAGCCACAUCCACAGACAGCAUUGCCAUCAUCACCAUCAUCUUCUUCCACGACUAUGGACGAGGAGGCAGCUCGUUCAAGCUCUUCAGGCAGCUCCUCCCCUAAUAAGCCAAUGAUGAGAGGAUCAGGAGGAAGCGUGCCUUCCUCAGGCUCAAGCUCUCCUAGUCCUCCACCUAGCCUCAUGCCUUACAACAAGCAGCAGAAGCCGGUGCGGAGCUCCGUCAUCGCAGUGCAAGACGUAGCGACACAAACCGCUGGGGUAUCAACAGGGAUGGAGCUUCACAGGAAGGAUACUAUUACUACCAGUAGCAUGCCCAGCAUCGCAGCUGCGCCUACUGACGACAAUGAAGACGGACAACAAGGAGGAGGACAUGCAGCUGGGUCUUGCUCCUCCAGCACCAGCGGUAGAAGCGGGACCUUGGAGUCCCUGAUAAGGGCCGAGGCUCUUGGCAGGAGGGGUGCCUGCAGUUCCACAAAUAAGAGGAUCCUACUAGAGGAGGAUGAGUCCUCUUCAUUGGCUCUUAGCAGGAGGGCUCUUGACAAAGAAGCAGUGCAGUCGCUGGGCGCCAAGCUGAACCCUGCCAACCUGCUGAUGCGGCUUGUCGCUUGUGGGUCGACCAUGUCCGCGAGGCAUCACCCUGCCUGCGGCCUCAUGAGAACGACGCACAAGCCCCGGUACUUGUCGCACCACCUUCUUGAGCUGCCACCCUCAUCUCCAGUUUUAUCUCCCCUCGGUUCCCUCAUCACGCGUCCCCAAACUGCUGCUGGAACCGGAGUAAUUUCACAGUCAGGAGGCGACUGCGGCCAUUGCAGAGGGAGUGUGCUUCAAACUGCAGGCAAGGGGGACGAGUCAGGCAAAGGGAUGCCCUCUUCAUCUUACGACCAAGAUAGUACUUCUGAAAUAGAAGGCUCCAAGGGGAAUCUGGAUAAUUUGGAAAGCAUAAGCAAAAUUCUCCCGCAAACGAUCAGAAUGGCACCAUGUGAGCAAUCCACAAGUGGAACAUUGGUAACCACAACCACAGAUGUGAGGCAUAACAGUGUUGAACAGGAAUGUAGCUACUCAUCUUCAUCCAAGACCUUGUCAAGAAGUACAAGCAAAAGGAUAAGCGAUCCGUCAGCAGGAAAAAUACGAUCUUCAAGAGUAGUAUCAUUCCAUGAUGAAAAAGAGAGAGUGAUCAAGAUCGAAGAAAGGCUAGCUUCUGGAGCUCGUGUUAUAAUCCAGUGUACACCCUUACUCAAAGAAAGUUAUGUCAGUACCAAAGCAAUGUAACAAUCUCAUCGUUGGCUUCCUCACUGUAUUUCUUCCUUGACAGUCCAGUAGUUGUUGGCGACAGUUGAAAGAUGCAGUUGUAUUAGAUUUCUGGCCGAUGUAAUAAUUAGCAGUCGAUUUUCUGAACCUUUCAGAGGAAUUACCAUCGUGAUCAAUGUCUAUUGUCACCGUAACACUCUAUUGCCAAUAAAA